CCGGGGUACUUCGGUCGUGCGCUACGAUGCCGCGCGAUAUUAUAACUUUGCAACUAGGACAAUGUGGGAAUCAAAUUGGGAUGGAGUUUUGGAAGCAGCUGUGCGCUGAACAUGGAAUCAGUCCUGAAGGUACACUUGAAGAAUUCGCAACAAGUGAUGCUGAUCGCAAAGAUGUCUUUUUCUACCAAGCAGAUGAUGCUCAUUAUAUUCCUCGUGCUGUGUUACUGGACUUAGAACCACGUGUAAUCAAUACAAUAUUAUCUUCACCUUAUGCUCGACUUUACAAUCCAGAAAAUGUAUAUUUAUCUAAACAUGGAGGUGGUGCCGGUAAUAAUUGGGCAGCUGGAUACACACAAGGUGAAAAACUGGAGGAAGAAGUGUUUGAUAUUAUUGAUCGUGAAGCCGAAGGAAGUGAUAGCUUAGAGGGCUUCGUAAUGACUCAUUCUAUCGCUGGAGGAACAGGGUCUGGGAUGGGUUCAUUUAUUCUUGAACGUCUUAAUUCACACUUCCCAAAAAAACUUAUUCAAACGUAUUCAGUAUUCCCAAAUUUAGAAGAAACUAGUGAUGUUGUUGUUCAACCUUAUAACAGUUUGUUAACACUAAAACGUCUCACUUUGAAUGCUGAUUGUGUGGUUGUUCUAGAUAAUACUGCUCUGCAUCGUAUAGCUACUGAUCGUUUGCAUAUUGAGAAUCCAUCAUUUGCACAAAUCAACCAGCUGGUCUCCAAAGUAAUGUCUGCAAGUACGGCUACACUUCGUUAUCCCAGCUAUAUGAAUAAUGAUUUAAUUGGCUUAAUAGCUCCACUAACUCCAACUCCACGAUUGCAUUUCUUAAUGACUGGUUAUACCCCAUUAACAACAGAUACUGAAGUUCCAACUAUUCGACGGACAACUGUAUUCGAUGUCAUGAGACGUUUAUUACAGCCAAAAAAUAUGAUGGUCUCCACUCCAACACAGCGCGGUGUCAGUCAUUGUUAUGUUUCUAUACUAAAUAUAAUUCAAGGUGAUUUUCUAUUUAAUUAUUAUUAGUCCGUUAUUUACUUUGGUGAUUUUAAUAGGACAGGAAAGAUAAAUGUCCCCCCUGUUUUCCAAAUGACCGAAAGUUUGUUUCUACUUGUUUGUGACCUUCAUUUUAGCUCUAGUGGAUAAUGUUCCGCCAAUAUAGUACGCUUUCUGAAGAUUUGUCUUCGUUUAUGAGGUUGUGAAACUUGAUAGGCAGUAGGGAGAAGCAUUAAAUAACUUUUUUUCUCACUAAAGGUUUUUUAUUACGCCAUAGUAGUUUAGUUUGUUUGGUAGGUGUCGAACCUGGAGUAGUUCUCCAUCUCAAACAAACUAUAACAUAUAAACUGGUAAAUCCCUGUAGAGUCGUGGGUGUGUCCCCUGCUGAUGGACCUCAUAACAGUGAAGUAGGAUUGCAGUCUCCUACUUGGUUUUCAAUGGUCUUUCCACAUGAAAUCAGUUUGUUUUUAAAAAGAGUACAUUUAAACUGGACUUAAACUACAAGUGUUCGAAGUUUAUUGAACACGUUUUUUUAAAGUUCCAGUCGUGUUCAAUAAGAUCUCUAAGCCAUUUAUAAAUAAAACCUGAUUUUAAUUGUAGUGUACUAUCCAAUAUUUCUUACGAAUUCAAUAUGAAGUAGGGCACAGAAAUGCAAUACUUUAAAAACUAAUUUUGUGUUAAAUUGAACUACUGUUUCUAUUCUAUUGUUUCCAUCUUUAUCUGAUAGAAACUUUUGUACAAAAUGGAAUUCACGACCUCUCUUCUCGGUCAAAAUGUUACUUUGUUUAAGUUGUAAUGAUCAACAUGUAAACUGCAUCUGUAGCUACAUUCUAGAAAUUUCUUCAAAUAUCAAUUAUUGGUUAAAAACGGCUUUGUUUAAAAGUAAUUAAUUGUUUGUAUGCCUCUUAGUUCAGUUUUUACCGCAUGUUAUAAUUAGAAUGCUAUAUGCUUGUAUGAUGGCAAUUCUAUUGAAGACAUUCCACAUAUUUCUCCAUGGGAAGUCCCGAAUAUCUAUUCCAGAUAAUAAAAAAAGUGGUUUUGAAUAGUUAGCGAAUAUUGAAUUGUGUAGAACUUACCGAGGACUAAGGAUUAAAUACUUUGAUUACAUAAUCGAUUAUUACACUAUAUAAAAGCACUUAUGAGAUCUCUCAUUCUCUGCACUCUUCACUCCAAUCAACUAAUCUUUUUCGCCUGGUCAGUUAUUUCUCUGUGAUCUGUCACCAAAUUUUAAUGAUCGUAUGAAUGUCUUACAACAUUAAAUUAAAAUGUUAAGUUUCAGUUAAUAGACCUCGUACGUUCACUUAGCUGUCAUGCAACAAUUUAAUUACUCUAAAUAACUGUUUGUCCCUUUUAAAAUAGCUUAUCAAAGUGAAUUAAACUUUAGAAAAUGCUAAAUAUAUAGUUUUGCAAAAUGUCGACCCCCCAUUCAAUCCAUUUGUUCUUGAUCAUGAUAAUAUGUUAUGUUACUGACAGUCUGUCUGUAAUCAGGUCUUGUCUUUGAUAUUUAUGUCAACUAGUUGUGCCUCCAUCUGAUUCGUAGUCAUCCUUAUUCCUGACGGCAUAUUUCGCGAAUCAGCUUUUAACUACCUUGACUCGUUUUCUUUCAGGAGAAGUCGAUCCUACUGAAGUACAUAAAUCACUACAGAGAAUUCGAGAACGCCGUAUGGCUCAGUUUAUACCUUGGGGUCCAGCUAGCAUUCAAGUUGCUCUGUCUAGGCGAUCUCCAUAUGUUCAGACACCACAUCGUGUUAGUGGUCUUUUACUUGCAAAUCAUACAAGCAUAUCAACUGUAAGUGUUUGCGUGUACUUACCUUUCAUUUUGUAGCUCUAUAUAGUCACGUAAAAAUGUCUUUAUUCGAUUAAUACUAACGCACAAACUCUUCUGUUAGUCUCCCUGAUUCUCAACAGUUCCCCUACUUAUACAAGACUGUUAUUAAAACUAACUUCAGACUAAACAUUAAACACCAAUUUCUAUUCUAGCAAGAAUCAUUCGCUUACUAGUUAUUAACUUUGAGGUAGGUUUCUAGAAUUCAAGUGGAUAUUGCCAACAAAGAAAUCUAUGUCUUAGUUUAGUCUUCAUGUGUUCCAAAUAUGGUAAUCAUAAAUCCUCAACUAAAAUAAUAUCCUCUUUGAACUUGAAUAAAACAAGCUUUAUAUUUAGUCAUUAGUCAGACAGAGUCGAUUAUUGACUUAUUGUUUAAUUCUCUGGUCCUUCAACUGUUCAAGUGCAUGUUUAAACCCUGCCUACUUCUAUCUGGCCACCAUGGUAGGAUCGUAAGCUCUCAAAAUUCAUUGCAAAAUCUGUACUUGAUAAGUUAGUUACAUCAGUCAAAUAUUAGAUGUUCAUUCUCUGCUUUCAUUGGCAACCAAAUAGUUUGAAUUUAUCCGAAAUUCAACAUCCUUGUUUAUUUGACCAGCACAAAACAUAACCUAGACACUAAAUACUUUAUUCAAAUUUCCCAAAAGAAUCUAUUUUACCAUUGGUUUUGGCUUUAAAUGGUUGCCUAAAUUCAUAUAUAAUAGAUUAUUCAAAAAAAUUUUCUGUCUGAAAUAUCAAUCCACUAAAUACAUGUUAUAAAAAGUCUACAAUACAAUAAAAUACAAUUAACAUUUUUAACAUGUUUAACACUCUACUGGUCAUUUUUAGCAAAUGGUUCCUUUACAAAUUAC